AUGACCAACCCAACCACAAACCCAGACCACUACCCCCCCAUCACCACCUCCCCCUCCCCCUCCCCCACCCCAACCCCAAAAAACCUAGCCUUCAUCCUCUACCCCGGCUUCCAAUCCAUCGACCUCUUCGGCCCCCUCGACAUGCUCGCCCUCCUCGCCAACCGCACCCCCUUGAACCUCUACCUCGUCUCCCCGGGCCCCUCGCUCGCCCCCGUCUCAACGGCGCACCACGUCUGGGCGAAGGUCGGGUCCAGGUUCGGCACCGAGGUCGUGCCGACGCAUACGUUGGACGAUGUGGCGUGGGGGGAUAUCGAUAUGGUGCUUGUGCCGGGCGGGAUUGGGGCGAGGGAUGAGGAGAGUGCGGAUGUGGGGAGGGUGGUUGAGUUUGUUAAGGGGAACGAGAAGGAGAAGAAGAGGUGGUUGUUGAGUGUUUGCACGGGGAGCCAUCUGUUGGCUAAGGCGGGCGUGUUGGACGGGAGAAAAGCGACGACGAACAAGCGCGUUUUCGGCUGGGUAAAAGCCCGCCACCCCUCCGUCCACUGGAUCGCCAAAGCCCGCUGGGUCGCCGACGGCAACAUCUGGACGAGCUCUGGCAUCUCGGCGGGCAUCGACCUCGCGCUGGCGUGGAUCGCGCACGUCUGGGGCGAGGAGACGGCUACUCUGCUCGCUGACAGUAGCGAGUAUGAGUGGAACAGGGAUCCGGAGAAUGAUCGGUUUGCUGAGCGGUGGGGGGCGGUGUAGAGGGGAAGGUAAGGCAAGACUUUAGGUUGAUGGUAUUGCAUGGGAUGGAAGAUUGGAGGAGGGUGGAGGGUAUGGCGUGGAAUGACCGGUGGAAAUGGUGGGACUGUAGAACGUUGUUUUGCUGCCUAUAAGCCCACCAAUACUUCUAAGACGACCGUCUGCCCAUAUUCAAGUAAUCAAUCCCGCUAGACGCAUAUUGGGAAUAAGCAAUUGUCCAAAAACCUUCCCACAGGCCCUUCAAUACCGCUAAGACUUAAAACGUACCAUAGUCAUUAUUGGUAGAAGCAUAAGCAUGACAAGAGUCCUGAAUU